UUAUAGCUGUGGCCUUUUUCUCCACAUAGUGAAAGAUCCAUUGUAUGCAUAAUUGAAUAUAUUAGCCCUUCAUCAAACCAAGCCACUCACCAUCGGGUUUUUGUUGACCUUCCCAUACAUAACCUUGGCACUAUCAUCAUGGAGAUCAAUGGAGAGGGUGCAUCCCCACACAGCAUAAAUUCUAUCAAGUUCAAGGUACCUGAGAAACAGCCUUAUAGAACUUGGUACCACUUUCAACCCCCACAAAAUUGGAUGAACGAUCCAAAUGCACCUAUGUACUACAAAGGAGUUUACCACUUUUUCUACCAACAUAACCCCUAUGCACCAACCUUUGGCGAGAAAAUGGUGUGGGCUCACUCUGUGUCCUAUGAUCUCAUCAAUUGGAUUCAUCUGAAUCAUGCCAUUGAACCAAGUGAUUCCUAUGACAUCAACAGCUGCUGGUCAGGCUCAGCCACAAUACUCCCAGGUGAAGAAGAACAACCUGUUAUUUUGUACACAGGAAUUGAUAACAAUAAAUAUCAAGUUCAGAACAUGGCUAUGCCAAAGGAUCUAUCAGACCCUUUCUUAAGGGAAUGGGUGAAACACCCUCAGAACCCUGCCAUGACACCACCAAGUGGUGUUGAAGUGAAUAACUUCAGAGACCCUUCAACUGCUUGGCAGGGAAAGGAUGGAAAAUGGAGGGUAGUCAUUGGUGCUCAAAAUGGGGAUGAAGGGAAGACAAUUCUCUACCAAAGUGAGGAUUUUGUUAAUUGGAGAGUGGAAUUGAACCCUUUUUUUGCAACAGAUAACACUGGAGUUUGUGAGUGUCCAGAUUUUUUUCCUGUGUCCAUCAAUAGCACAAAUGGGGUGGAUGCAUCUGUCCAAAGUCAAAGUGUUAGACAUGUCUUGAAGAUAAGCUAUCUACGUAGACAUCAGGACUAUUAUUUUCUUGGUAAAUAUGUCUAUGAUGAGGGGAACUUUGUUCCUGAUGUUAAAUUCACUGGAACUAGUUCGGACUUAAGGCUUGACUAUGGUAAGUUUUAUGCUUCAAAGUCAUUUUUUGACCAUGCUAAGAACAGGAGGAUAUUGUGGGGGUGGGUGAACGAGUGUGACACUAGACAAAAUGACAUUGAGAAAGGAUGGGCUGGUCUACAGUGUAUUCCAAGGCAAGUUUGGCUUGAUGAAAGUGGGAAGCAGUUGAUGCAGUGGCCAAUUGAAGAAAUAGAAAAACUACGCGACAAACAAAUUAGCAUAUUGGGGGAGAAACUGGUUGGUGGAUCAAUUAUUGAAGUCUCAGGUAUCACUGCAUCACAGGCCGAUGUAGAAGUGUUGUUUGAGCUACCCGAACUAGAGAAUGUGGAGUGGCUAGAUGAAAGUGAAGUUGAUCCCCACUUGCUGUGUAGUGAAGAGUAUGCAACAAGAAGUGGCACAAUAGGGCCAUUUGGUUUGUUAGCUUUAGCUUCUGAGGACCAAACAGAACACACUGCAGUGUUCUUCAGAAUAUAUAGAGCUUCCAAUAGAUAUAUAUGCUUCAUGUGCAGUGACCAAAGCAGGUCUUCAUUGCGGCAGGACCUUGAUAAAACCACAUAUGGAACAAUCUUUGACAUUGACCCUAAUGUCAAAACGAUUUCACUUAGAAGUUUGAUUGACCGCUCAAUUAUUGAGAGUUUUGGGGAGAAAGGGAGAAUUUGUAUUACCAGUAGAGUUUAUCCCUCGAUGUCUAUAGACAAAAAUGCACAUCUUUAUGUGUUCAACAAUGGAAGCCAGAGUGUGGUGAUCUCUGAACUGAAUGCUUGGAGCAUGAAGCAAGCAGAAUUUGGCCAAGAAGAAAGCAUAAAUAAGCAGUAGCUAAGUUGGAUUAUCCUGUAACAUUUUAUCUUAGAUACUUUAAUAUUGUAUGUGAUAUUCUCUGUGAUUGUUUCAUAUGGAGAAUAAUUUGAGCAACUUGAACUUUUACAACUUAAUUUUCACAUCUACUUUAUACUAA